UAUUGGUUUUGCAUACAAAGUCCAACAUUAGUCACUGAACUUAAAAGGAAUGAGAGGCUGUGUAUUGUCAAAGCAGAGAAGAGCUGUCCUACCCUGCACCAUGUCCUGGACAAUCCCCCUCCUCACUCUGAUGUCUCUGUGCACUUGUUGUGCCGGACAGUAUGUGCUGACUCAGCCUGCAUCUGUGAGUGUGAGUGUGGGAGGCACAGUGACACUCACUUGUCAAGGGAACAAUAUUGGCAGCAAGAAUGUGUACUGGUAUCAACAAAUACUACCCAGUGCCCCCAGGCUCAUCAUAUAUGACGACAGCAAAAGACCUGAUGGGAUCCCAGAACGAUUUUCUGGCACAAACUCUGGUAACACUGCAAGUUUAAAGAUCUCUGGAGCCCAAGCAGAGGACGAGGCUGAUUAUUACUGUCAGGUGUGGGAUAGCGAUAGCGAUGCUGCUAUCUUUGGAGGUGGAACCCAGCUGACUGUCCUUACAGGUGACGUGAAAGCCCCUUCAGUGUCCAUCUUUCCUCCCUCCGUGGAAGAAAUAGCCACCAAAAAGGCAACAGUGGUCUGCAGUCUGAGUGAUUUCACCCCCAGAGGUGCCACAGUGAAGUGGCUGGUGGAUGGGAAAGAUCAGACUGACAGUGUUCAGUCCUCAGGGCUCAGCAAACAGAGUGACAACCUGUAUAUGGAGAGCAGUUAUCUGUCCCUGACAGCAGAUCAAUGGCUCAGACAUGAAACCUAUUCUUGCAAAGUCUCCCAUCAAGGCAAGGAAAUAAUCCAGACGCUGAAGAGAUCCGAAUGUGUAUAACUCUCCAACAACCCAUCGCUGUCUAUUCCUAUAGGGCCUUUUUGUUACUUUUAAGCCAUAAAGGGAACUUAUUGCAUAUAAAAAUCUUUGUGCAUGUUUAAUAAAAUUAUUGUCCUAAGUGUUUCAAUCCAUUCAGUAAUUGAUGUUAUUUUAGUAAUACAACAUGAGAACAUCUACAUUUAUUCAACAGCAAGAUUUUUAUGGAUAUGUCAGUUCCCUUUAAACCUAAUCCACAGGCAGUGCUGCAGAAGUUUGAAAUUAUGUUCUGUUCCAUGUGUUUCAGCAAAAUACUCAUUUUGUUCUUCAACCUUCUGUAUUUACUCCUUGUUUCAUUCUGUAGAAUUUUGCUUCUUAAAGCAAUGCAUUUUAAUGUCACUUGUUUUACUUGUAACUCUAUAUCUAUAUUAAUCCUUCAAUAAAAAAUCUGUUUAUCAAA